AUGUCCUCAACAGAACUCUUCGGCGCCGAUAUCGCCUUCCCCCUCUGGGACUCCGAGCCCGUCGCGGGCGCCUUCGAUCUCGAGCAGCCUUCGGGCCCCAUCGACCAAGCAGUAGCGACAAAGGUCACGCGGCCAUGGCUGUUUGGCUACAAGCCCACGACGACCCCUAACGGCCGGGCGGUGGUGAUUCUCGGCGGCGGCGGCUACGUCCAGCUUAUGGUCGGACGUGAGGGCGUACAGGUUGCGAGAUGGCUGGCGGGCCUCGGCUUCGAAGCCUACGUCCUCGUCCACCGGUUCCCCACGGCCGAAUCGAGCCCUUCCGCCCCGGUAGACGAUGCCAGGCAAGCCCUUCGUCUGAUCAAGGAGAAGUCCGCCGACGGAAAGACCCUCGGCGUGUGCGGCUUGUCUUCCGGAGGACACCUCGGCGCGGCGCUCCUGGCGGAGUACCCGUCCGCCUGGUCAUCGACCGCCGGCGGGCCCGUGCCGGAGCUGGAGUUCGCCAUCCUUGGGUACGGACCCAUUUCGACCAACGCAAAGGGCCACACCAUCAUCCCCAACAAGGCCGCCCUCGAGCCUCCCGAGAAGCAGGAGUUGUACGACGUCGUCAUCCCGGAUCAGCAGCUCCGGAGCCCCGCGCCGCCGAGCUUCAUCGUGUACUCCGGAAACGACCCCAUCGUGCCCGUCGUUAAUGCGUAUCGCUUGGCGCAGGGUAUCCAGGCUGCCGAGGGCCCUGUCGAGUUGCAUGUUUUCGCGGACGCGCCCCACGGGUUUGCGUUGGACACGGUGGGAUUGCCGGUUUCGGAGUGGCCCAAGUUGUGUGAGAGCUGGUUGAAGCAGAGAGGGAUUUUGGCAUAA